AUGCAGGUGCUCGUGGGGAGAGGAGCCGAGAGGUUCAAGUUCCUGCGAGAAAUGAUGCUUCUCUGUGCCUUGCUCCUAGCCGUUGGCUGGCCAUUGGUCAGCAAUCAAAAUAUAUCAACUUGGACCUACAAUUUGAAAUGCCAUGAUUGUUCGGUCAUCAACACCUUCAACUGUCCAACUGUACGGGUAUGUGACUAUGAAGUCAGGCGCUGUCUGAUAGUCUCUAUUCGUUUGAAUGUUCGGGAACUAUACGUUUACAAGAACUGUACAUCCAGCUGCACUUUUUUAUAUCCAUCCCAAACACCUCCUGAAGCCCCGAGAGUCCUUAAAACUAAUAGUUUUUAUUUUGUUCAUUGUUGUCAUAGUAUGAUUUGCAAUGAGGGAGGACCUACUAAUUUCGAGAGGGAUAUCCUACCCGAUUAUACAAUUGAGGAGGAGUUAGAAGGAACUGUGCGCCUGGGGGAGUCAACAUUUUUCCUGAGUGUUGCCUCCAUCCUAGUCAGCAAUAUACUGACGUGAGAAGCCCUCUU